GCAGCCGCAGCCCGCACCAGAGUUUCUUCCUGCAUCUUCUUCUUCCCCAUUUCUUUCCUUUCCUCCUUCUUCUUCUUCUUCUUUAUCCCACCGCUAUGUCGUCGUCAUUAAAUUUCAACCCCUUCAACGAUAACUGGUUCAGGAACCCUCCGAAAUUACCUUUCUCAUUCCCACCCAUUAACCUCAGCUCCCCAAGCGCGCUCCGCUUCGCUUCCAUAUCCAACCCUUUUUCGAAGAAAACCAAGCCGGCCCCCGAAAAAAAGCAGCCUGGAAAGCACCGCCGAAUGCUCGAUCAGUUUUACUGGGAGUGCGAAAACUUGCCGGAUUAUCGACAUACCCCUGAGGUUGAGAGGAUUUUGCAGGAAGACCCAAUUUUCGAAAAGAAGGAAAACCCAACUCCGGAAGAGAUCGAGGAGAAUGAGAGAUGGUGGAAUGAAUUUAGGGCUAGUCCUGUUGUGCAGUUCUUGACCCGAGCUCAGGAGAUUAGGGAUAAGCUUAAUGAGUUUGAGCUUCAGGAGAAUUCUGUUCCCUGGAGGAGAGAAGAUAAGAAAUUGUGGCAGGCGGUGCCUAAUGUGAUGGGGCUCGACGGGCGGCCAAUGCCGAGGAAAGCAAUAAAGACUAAGCAGGAGUCUGAUGAUAAAUUUUGGGAUUUCGCCAGACAGUUCUUUUUUGGGCUAUGGGGGUUCAGGCAACGUCCUUACCCCCCUGGUAGACCUAUUGAUGUUGCUCAGGCUAUCGGUUAUAAGAAACUUGAACGCCGGUAUUACGACUUUAUCAUGAAAAGUGGUGGAUUUUUUUAUAAGGAUCGAUUGGGUCGAACAAGAGGACCAAUGGAACUAAUACAGCUGAAAACUGCUUGGGGUGGUGGGAUAAUUGACAAAGAUACCUUUGUAUGGGGCGAGGACAUGGAUGAAUGGGCACCUAUUCACAUGAUCUAUGGUAUGGAGCGUGCAAUUGCUACUUGGGAAGUUAGAUUCGGUGCUGCUGCCACAAUGUUCCUUCAUAAGCUGCAGAAAGGAAUACCACCUUGGGUUCCUCUCAAGGGGCGUGAGGAUAAAACAUACAAGCAGCUACAAGAAGAAGCAUAUGAAAGCAAAAGACGCGAUUUAGCCGUGCUAAGGGCUAAUGAUGGUGUUUGGCCUGGUAUGAGGACUCCUAGCCAUGCAUUAUUUCUUUGGGCCGGUGGCUCUGAGCUGACGACGCUUCUAGAAGAGGACCAUAUGCCCAACAAAUAUAUUCCGAAAGAUCUUAGGCGCCAAUUGCAAGAGAUUAUUCCUGGGCUGAGGCCAUGGGAGGUUCUCAGUGUUGAACAAGCCAUGGAUCAGAUAACAUAUGGAGGCGAGUGGUAUCGUGAGCCUCUUGGCUCGUACACAACCGGUCCGCCUUACAUAAAUGAAUGGAACAAAGACUUUCUGAGGCUAUUUGACAUCUUCCAGAAACUGACUGUUCUAACUCACAAGAAACUGGAGAGAACAAUCCCGGGGUUCAACAAGAUUUUGGAGAAAGCCCAAGAAGAUGCUGCUAAAAGGCGGGCCAAGAGGAAAGCGGAGAGGGCUGCAAGAAAGAAGAAGAUGGAUGAUGGUGAUCAGAGUGAUUAUAGCUAAGCAAGCAAGCAAGCAUUAGCUUUUGCAAGGAGUGGAGGAUUGCAUCGGAUUUGCUGGUGACAAAUGUUUGAUUUAGUUUUCGAUUGUCUUUAUAGCUAUGCAGUGGAACUCUUUACUAGUCAUGGUUAUUUUGACACAACUUGAAAUCUUGUGUAGUUAUGAGUAAUUUAUCUGAAUUUCUUGUUUACAUUUA